CACAUUUUCCUGCUAACCCAAUAUUAGAGAUAACCAAUAUCCUCAUCACUGCAACAUUCAUGAUUUUAGGGAACAAAAAGCAGCAGCAUUCCCACAGAAGAAGCAGAGCAAUCUUGUGCGUGAUGUUCCCAGCCCCAACUGACUUAAGGAACAAGCAUCUCAAGGUCACCUUUAACAUGGCAUAUCGGUGCCUAGGGGCCCCAUACCAGAACCCCACUGUGCUAGGCACUGAACAAAAAGAGGAUCCCUGUCCCAAGGGACUUAGUGUAAGUUUAAGACGAGAUGGAUAUAGAUCGACAGUAGAGUUCAUGAACCACCCAGCUCCAGCAAACAGCCGCUACAAACCCACUUGCUAUGAACAUGCUGCUAACUGUUAUACACACGCAUUCCUCAUUUUUCCAGCCAUUGUGGGUAGUGCCCUCCUCCACCGGCUCUCUGAUGAUCGAUGGGAAAAGAUAACCGCAUGGAUGUAUGGCAUGGGCCUCUGUGCACUCUUCAUUGUUUCAACGGUGUUUCACAUUGUUUCCUGGAAAAAGAGUCACUUAAGGACAAUGGAGCAUUGUUUUCACAUGUGUGACAGAAUGGUGAUCUAUGUCUUUAUUGCAGCAUCAUAUGCACCAUGGUUAAAUCUUCGUGAGCUUGGACCUCUGGCAUCUCAUAUGCGUUGGUUUAUCUGGCUAAUGGCAGCUGGAGGAACCAUUUAUGUAUUUCUCUACCAUGAAAAGUAUAAGAUUGUCGAACUCCUUUUCUAUUUAGCAAUGGGAUUUUCUCCUGCUCUGGUAGUGAUAUCCAUGAACAACACCGAUGGACUUGAAGAAGUUGCCUGGGGAGGCGUAAUUUAUUGCAUGGGAGUGGUGUUCUUCAAGAGUGAUGGAAUCAUUCCAUUUGCCCAUGCCAUCUGGCACAUGUUUGUAGCUACUGCAGCUGCCGUUCAUUACUAUGCCAUUUGGAAGUACCUUUACAGAAGCCCUGCAGACAUUAUCCGUCACUUAUGA